CUUGUGUUCCGCAUAGAGCAAAAAAAUGUGGAGCCUGACUGAAAGUCUUGUGGAGCUCCUGUGGGACGCAGAUGGAGAGAUAGUCAGCAUGACAGUCAUGCUACUCAGCUUUAUCAUCUUGGACAAUGACAUGCUGAUACCCAGCCCCAUGGCACUGCAGCUGGUUGAGGCGCUCCUGCCACUCUUUGACCACGAGAAUAGCCAGGUGCAGCUGCUCUCCAUACUGCUCUUCCGAACAUUGGUGACUCUUCCACAGGAAAAGGAAAAAAAGGCCCUGAAGACACACCUGCGCCAGAGCCUGCUGCCACUCUUCUUCCACUGCCACAAUGAGAAUCAGCGUGUGGCAGAGGCCUCUCUGGAAACACUGCUUUGUGUGGUGGAGUUCCUGAAGAGAAGCGAUCUUGAAAAACUGGUGAAGGACAAGAAGCUGUGGAAGUUCACUGAGUGCCUGCUGGCAGAGGACACGAGCCAAGCGGCUGAGCACCUGCGCCGGGCCCUGCCGUACCUGCGGAACCCACAGGAGUCCCUGCGAGAGGCGGCCAUCAGGUUCAUGGAGGCUGCAAAAUCAAUUCCGCAGGGCAUGGAGGACACGGCCUCGUCUGUCAGGGCUCGGCUGGCUGUGCUGCUGGAGCUCUGCAGAGAGCUGAUCCCAGAGGCUCUGUCUGCUGGGCUCACCUGA